UGUUUGAGAAUCACUAGUUGGGAAAAAUCAUUGGAAUUGUCGUUUCAGCAAUGAAUUAUAAAUUUAAAAACAAAUUUUACGACGUUGAUUCAAUUCCGGGCUAUAAAUAACACCAAAUGAAUAAAUAUACAUCGGGAAUAUCUCAGAUGAAAUAUAUUUAUUAUUAUUCAUGUUAAACCAUAAAAUCGCCCUGCUAAAUUAUAUACAAAGAUGAUCGUAUAAAAGGUUAGUAUCGAAGAUUAUUUCAGUUGUUAAGUUGUGUUCGACCUAGGGUUACAUUUGAAAAGCAGAAUCAUGAAGUUGUUUCUUUUUUUGAGUGCUUUAUUGUUCUUCAUUCAUGCCUGUUACACUGCAGAAAUAACAUGUAACACUGAUAAAGGUUUCGUGUGUUAUGAUGAUACCAGAUUUUACCAAUGUGUCUAUAAUGGCAAAGAGAAGCCAGGACUUAUAACUGGAGAGUUACAGAAUUGUCCACCUGGGCUUUUGUGUAGUAAUGAUUCUGAUUUAGAAUGCUCAAACUAAGCCAAAUAUACUUGAUUAUACGAAUAAAAUUGAUCACAUGUUGUGAUUUUCAUUGAAUUGAAACAAUAAAUACUUUUCGUAGAAAUGUCUUUAUAUUUUCACGAUAUUAGAUUCCUUGCCUUGUAGUAUUUCAAGGAAAAAUCGAAAUUUCUGCCCUCAAAAUCAAAUUUCCUCAUAUUAUGUAACAAACAUAAAUCUCUGAUUCAAUUCAAAUUGUUCACUUCAUGAUCACUAAUAUAUUUCAUUUUUCGACUUGGGUAGCAAUUUCCAAACCAACAUUCUUUGAUCAUAUAUUAAUUCUCCAUUAUGUACAAUUAAAAACUGAUUUAGCUUGUAGAAAUAUAAAGUAGGUUGUUCCUUGAAAUAGCUAAGAAGAAAAGUAAUAGGUAUGUUAUUAUGCAACAUUAAUAUGAUAGUUUAGAUUCAUCUCGAUAAAUUGAAAAUUCUGGAGAAUUGAGACAUUUGGAUUCAACCACUUCUAUCAUUGAGAGUUAUUCCUCAACAUUAUGUUGUCCCAUAAGUUCAUCUUUUUGAUAUUUUCUAUUUGUUUCGUUUUGUAUUAUUCUAACGCAGCCUUUUCUGAAAAACAGUUGGCAUCUGCGAAGAAAAUGAUAACAAAUAUUUGUAAACCUAGAGCGAAUGCUACCGAUGAGGACCUAGAGGGAAUGAGAAGUGGGUUAUUCUCCAGGCCUGCUAUGUGUUUCAUCAACUGCGUACUGGUCAGUAAUAAAUGGCAAAAUAAGGAUAAUACUUUCAAUAUGGCUGGAGCGUCAGCUACAAUGAAGAUGUUACCAGAAGAAUACCACGCCGAAGGAGAUCGAGUUAUAGAAACUUGCAAGGAUGCAGCAAAAACCCUCGAUGAUAAAUGUGUCUCUGCAAUGGAAAUUGGAAAAUGCUUCUAUGAGAAUAGCGACAGUAUGAGGAAAUUCCUGUCAUAGGAACCAACGAGGACAAUAAUGGGAGUUAUAUUAUAAGAACACUUAUCAACAAUGCAUUCCUUUUUGAAGAAUUAGAGAAUAUUUCAAACAUC